AUGCCACAACCCGCUCGCAAGAAGCCUCGAACCAAGGCAAUCCCCAAGGACGAUGAGAAGGAGCAGCAAUCUACCGUUUUGACCGACUAUCGCACCUCUUGGCUCAUUAAAAGCGACGAGCAGAUGGUUGAGCUUAGGGCGAAAUCAGAGGUCUUUCACGUUGCCAAAAGCGUCCUUACCAAAAACUCAGAAUAUUUCGAAAAAUGCCUUACCGGAAGCUUUAUCGAGGCCAAGCAAGGGAUCGUUGACUUCAGCAACGACCCAAAAAUUGAAUCGAGAUACCUCGCUCUAUACAUCGGCCUCGCAUACAGUCACUCCUCGAUCGCUCCUCACACUCCUCCUCGCCCUGCCCAAAGCCCCGAGACUAUGGCCGCCAGGACUCCUAUGCGUGACUAUAUCGAGGUCUUUAAGCUUUGCAAUUUCUUCGCCAGUGACGCAAUGGGUGAAUUCAUGAUGCGCUGCCUCAACGUCGCCAUGUACGACGGGCACCGCGCCUUGUACCGCACCGAAAGUGACGAGGGGAUGCAGAAGCUUAUAAUGCGAGAUUUUGCCGAUGGAUACGAGGUCUUGAAUAUGGAGCAGCACAGGCAGACUGAGAUGGGUGAGAAGAUGGUCUACUUCUUCUGCGGAGGCGUCAGCUUCAAGGCUUGGAUGAAUAACGUUGCAGAACUGAUGGACCGGCCAAGAUUCGUCGCUGCUGUAUCUAGCGGAUUUGCUAUGAAGCUUCGAGAGCUAGAAUCCCGAUACAAGGGCACCAAGCGCAAGGAAUUGUCGGGCCCAGAAGCUGCAUAA